UGGAUGAAUAGGAAAAUGCCUUGACGCUAGGGUUUAUUCGUCUACAACAAACUUUGCAGUAUGCAUUCGAUUUUCUCAUUUAAAAGAAAAGCCAAAAACUGAUGGAAGUAAAACGAAAGAAGUCAUCUAGAAUUCAAGUUACAUGAAAGAAGCUUCACCAAAAUGGACAAUUUUCUACCACUCCUCUCUGCAGUAGAAGCACUUGUUUAUUCAAAAUUGUCUGUAAACAAACUGUAAUUAUUUUGACUGAAAACGUUUUACUGAUGAUUGCCAUUGCAACAAAUUUGUGUGAAAAGUAUAUGAUGCUGGCAGGGAGACUUUCAUCAGUUUUGAUGUUUUUCUUUCGCUUUGCCUGGCAUUCUAGAUUCACAUUACCAAGCAUCCUUGUAACAGCAUGGACACUUAAUAUUCGUGUUCGAGUAGAGAUUGAAUUUCAAAAUGUAGGAUAAUCUAAUAUGUCUUGAAAUUUGUGCUGUUUUCUUUUAAAUAUCAAUAUAAUAAGUCUGAUAGCUGUAAUAAUGUAAUCAGUAGUAAAAACUGAUUUUCUUCACAUUCCGUCCAAACAACCUGUGAUAUUUUAUCGACAAUGAGUCGUGGUGUAAGAGACUUGCGUGAACUGAUAUGUGUUUCCCGUCUGACCUUUCGGACCAGUGAUGACGAAGAACCCCAAUUUCUCACAGAUGAGGAAGUGGUAACCAAAGACUUUGAUCAGUUAUCUAUAAGUAGUUCCGAUUCAGUAGGAGGCAUAGAGGCAACUAAUGGAGGGAGGCACAUAUCUCCAGAUUCUGGGUGUGUUACCAAUGGAAGCACCCCUCCAGAACUGCCUAUUGAGGAGGAUACACCCCAAUCCACCACACCUAUCAUUGUCAAAUCUCCACCUGUCCCUACCAAGGUGGGCAGGGCUAGAAGAAAGACAAAGAGGGCUCGUCACAAAGUUUUGAGCACAGAACCGUCUAGACACGAACUACCAAAACCACCAAGAAUCCCUCCAUUGCGAUCACAAUACAAGAAAAGCUUAAGUUCUGAUAAUGACUCUGAUGUGGAUAUGGAGUCUAGGCCUGUGCACAGAUACAGCUCACAGAUGACAAAGUCACAGGCUGAGGGGAACUUUGAUGACAUUCUGUGCUAUAUGGAUGCUACUAUUGUCUCCAACUGGUUGGAAAGAGCCAACAAGAUGGUCUCCGAGAUAACUGCCUACUGUAACAGUGAGGACAACUUUGUGACAUUUGCACAUUUCUGGUUUUCUGGUUUCGAAGAUGUCCAGAAAAUUGAAUUGUUUGAUUUAGAGCAUAGUAUUUUAAUUGAGGAGAUGAGCUUUGCUUUUGCGGUGGGGAAAGACCAGGGGAAAGUGAAUCAAAGAGACAUCAAUAACUUUAUCAGAGCCUUGUUCAGGGAAUAUCCAGACAAACUGCUAAGUACCAAAGGACCAAAUAUGUUCUUGAACCACUUGGAUGUUCUGUCAUCACAGAAACACGCUCAGUAUAAAAUGCUGUUGUCAGAUGUCAAGUGUUCUACAAAAAACAAACAAUAUGCCCAAUGGAUACUGGCCACUCGUUCAUUUGCCUUAGUCAGUGUUUGGUCAGCUGUAGUGAACUUUUAUCGGAAUCUACUGGGUAAGGUAUUGCCACCAAGGCCGUCCUCAAGUCGUCCCUCUCCAGACGAGGACAUCAACCUCACACGACUAGGACAGGCCAUCAGAUUGGGUUUUGUGGAUGUGGUGCACUACUACUUCACUGAAGGUCUUAUUAAACCACACUUCAUUGAUGCACAUGGUCGCACCUUCAUCUUCUCUGCUGUUAUGUACAACCAGUGUAGUGUGGUACACUACCUCACCAGCAGAGUGAAGCCUGUGAUAGAUGUGAACCAGCCAUCUGACACUGGUAACACUCCCCUACAUGCAGCAGCAAACAGUGGUAACGAUCGGCUGGUGGAGAUUUUGUUACGAUGUCCCAACAUUAAUGUAAACACCAUCAACCCGCAGUGUGAAGAUUCUACACCUCUACACCUGGCAGUUAUGCACGGUCACAAAACUGUGGUUGAAAUGCUUGUUAAAGCCAAAGCUGACUUGUCACUAAAGAUGGGAGAUUUGAAUGCAGAGGACAUUGCUAAACAGUUUGGUAGCUUCUCUACUUUACGGGUGCUAAGAGAUUGUGCAAGACCGUAGCAAGGUGAAAGUAUGAAAGUCAUUUUGUUUUGACUCUAUGUACAAGCCAAGCAUUUCUUUGUGUUACAAGUGACUUGAGAGGAUAAGCAACUGUUUGCUUAUACUGUAACUGAAGAUAUUUUCAAUACACGAUGUGUGAAAGGAGAGCACUAUUUAUAAGUUGUUUGUUGAUAAAUGUAUUUGUUGACUAAUACUUCAUUAGGACUAUAUUAUAUAUGUAUAUAUAUAUUCUUACUACUACAUGUAUAAAUUGUACAUGUAGCAAGAUAAAAAAAACUACCCUAGUUUUUUGGCUAAAGUAUCUGUACAAGAGAGUGGUUGUAUUUUUUGUAAAUUUGUUUCAUUGUAGGCAGUUUGACUCACCACCAGGGAGACAAUCAAACAAUUCUAUAGUGAAAGGUCAUAAUGAUGUGCUUAUAUUGGGCAACUUAAUACAAAGUAUUGAUUGUUUGAUAGAAUGUAUAAUUUAUUAAGUGUUUGUGAUAAAUCCUAUGUGCAGAUGGCAAUUAAACAUUGUCGUAGUACAUUUAUUUAUUUUUUACUUGAGUAGAUUUUAUGACAGAUGUGUUGUUUUUGGAUUGAUUUGUGAAAUGUGAUGUUUACAAGUUAGUAUGACUUUCUUAUAAGUUAUAACUGUGCUUGAUAAUUUACAAGUAUUAACCUGGUACAAAAUAUGGUGUAUUCUGAUUACCAGAGUUACUUCCCUUCAUUUUACUAGCGGUACUGCUUAUUGAUGAAAAAUAAUAGAUUCCAAUUCCCUCCUCCCUCAAUGAUGUGUUCUCUUCCGAGAAAAAAACUAUAAUACCAUUUUGCCUGUAAAUAUUUGAGCCAUAUACAAAUCCUGAAUAAACAUUUUGCUAAACCAUGGCCUUAUAUGUAUGUAUAGGUAGUUGUCAUGGACAGAACGUGUACAGAAUGAAAGGUUUUUAAUAUCUAGAAGUACAGCUUGCCUGAUCACCUUCCUUAACACUGCACAUUUGCUAUGUUUGUUACAUAUAAAAUGAAUGUUAUUGUUAUAUAGUUUAAUUUGCUGACCAUGUUAUCAGCCUAAUAAGAAUUUUAACUUAUAUUUCUAUUCUUUUACCCUACAAUACACUCUAGUAUUAGAUUUUGUGACACAUCACUUGAUCAAAUUGAUAAAUCUGCCAAAGAGUUUAAUUAUAAAUGCCUUUAACUUUACAGCACUUAAUAUUUCCAUUGUGUCAAUAUUUUUCGUAACUCUUUAAAUAUAAUAAUAUAUGAUUCAAAAACAAAGAAGAUUUUUGAAAAGAUAACAUGCUGAUAGCUUCUUGAAAAGGCAAACUACUGUAUAUUUAAGAUGGAGACAACACAUUUUUUCCUGCAUGUUUAUGUGCUGGUUAACGUUGCUGAUUUUUCUUAAGGUUAGGAUAUACAUUUCAAUGAUGCACUUGCAUAACCAUUCUUGAAUUCAAUUACCACAUAGACAGCAAAGGGUUAUCCAAACGUGUAGAUGCUUUGAAUCUUUCUUAAAUAUAAGAUUAGGAUAUUUAGGAGAUAUAAACAACUGUAAUUAGAGAGCCAAUGCAACAGACUGUUCUUAACCUUUGAUGAUUGAGUUCAGUAUUAAAAUUAAAGUGAUAUAUUUCAUGAAAGAAUACAAAAUACUGCUUGAAUGGAAAACUCAUUCUCUGUACUACCUACCUAUAAUUGCUGUCAAGAUUUGAGCCGACUCAUAAUGCCAACAGUCAUUUUGAAAUGGCUAAUUAAGUGUACUGAUAAGAAGUCUCUGUCACCUGAAAAUAUUGUUCAUAUCACAUAGAAUUAUUAAUGUACAUUAAAAUAGAAUUACAGUUAUAAUUUUCCAUUCUCAAUAUAAAUCUAUCCAUCUGUUGUUUUUUUAGCAUACCUCUAAAACAGUUCAACACUUCAUAAAACAUCAAUCAAGUGGUUUGUUAGUGCCUUUGCUAUGAAGCACUUUUCAGUUUAAAUAUUUCCAUGGUUUCCAUGGAAACAAAUAGUCCAAAUAUUUCGAAAAUAGCUUAUUAAUAAGAUAAAUUCAUAAAACUUUCUACACUCAUUAAUCCAGUGGUCUAGUAUUGCUUUUGCUGUUAUUAUAAUACAGGAGUUUUCAAUUUUGAUAUUUCUUUAAUUAUGAAAACAGCUUGUCUAAUUCACUGGUUCCAGUGUUUCCUGAACAUAUCUGCAGAGCUUUCAAAAUCACUUCCUUUAACUUUAUACAUCCAAUGUGUUUAUCAGAGUUUAAUCACCAAUUCCGUUCUAUCCUUCUUGUUGACUUUUACCUCUAAACAUUCAGAUAAAUAAUCACAGCGUGACAUGCCCAUGACUAGGCUCUCUUGGCGAAGGAUGUAUGAUGCCAGAUUUCAGUUGUAUGGUCUCAUUUAACAGAACAUUAAGGUAUCAGUAUAAUAUUGUUAUCAAUGCAUAUCAAGCUGUAUUCCAGUGUUGUUGAGUAUACAUUGUAUGUAUGCCGGUUGCCUUCAGUCUUUGGUGAGCUGCUGUGAUGUCUUAGUUAUAAUUACAUCAGGAAACCAGAAAAAAACUCUUUUGUAUAAUAAAGUGUUUGUUAUAUCUA